AUGCUGAUGCCCACCGCUUCUGAAUACAUACCAUCAAAGACUCCUGCUUGGGAUCCGUCCUCUCGUACUCUGGCCCUUUCAUCUCUAGGUCCACCUUCCAUGGUGUCUGCUGCCUCUAUUCCUAUGGAAGACCGUGAUAUGUCUUGGCUAAAAGACCCUCAUUUCGAACGUGUUCGUGCAAAGCUCCUAGAGAAGAACACUGUUAACUGGAAGGCGCUCGAAUUUGUUUCUGUGUCUGGUGAUCAAGUCCAUGUCAAGGACCUGCAACUCCGAGGAGAACGUACCAUCAACAUUGCCAACCUGCAACCUGUGGUUCCCGAUAUGACAGGCGACUUUGUUACAGUCACUGCGGGCCCCAUGGCAGGGAAAAUAUUCAAAAUAACCCAAGAAGAAUAUGAUCGACUCACAAGAAACGUGGAAAGGGCGGGAGUGCUGGAAAAGGAGAAUUCGUCCCUCAGAAAGGAAAACCGGGAACAGCGGGCGAGACUCUUGGAAGAAGACGAUGAUGUGGGGAAACCUCUGCCUCAUCCAGAAGGUCGACGAGGCAGGAAAGACAGUGGCUUCGCUCUCAAUAAUGUUUUGGCCUUCGAGACAGUUGAGCAGGUUAACACGGUGAAAGGAAUGUGUCGCGUGUACGCCUCCGUGUUCCUCAAUCUCACCAAGACGUGGUCCAAACAGAACCACAAAAAUAAGGAGGCUAUGAUGCGAGCGUUGAUGAACAACUACCCAGUUUACCGACAAUACAAAGAGGGAUGGGUGAUCAAGGAGAUACUGAUGGAGUAUCUGGAGAACAAAGCUUCGGGUUAUAGGCAAUACUACAAAGACAUGCCUACUGAAGUACACUAUCUCGAAGAGGCCUGUGCUUAUUGUUUAGGCAAGGGUGGCGAUGACAAAGCUACCAAGAGCCAGAAAGGCAAAAAGAAGAAGAAAAGGACCUCGAGAAGAGGCGAGGACAGCGAGGAUUGUGAGAUGCCCGAGAUCAAUCAUGAACGCGCAAGGCCGACCACGGUUGACCCUCCUAAACCCAGAGCCAAGUCCUCCAAGACGAAAGAGCGGAAACUGGCUCCCACCCAGUAUGCCAUUGAUGCCGGAUGCACAGCUCGCAAUGCUCAAGAUGCACCGGAGGCUGCCACUUCUGCUGCUUGCCAGGCGACAGGAGCCUCGAAUCCAGGUUCUGCUCCUCGCCAGGCCACCGGGACUCCUCGACCUGGUGCUGCUUCCACUCCUUGCAACACCGCCGCCCCAAGGCCUGUCGCCGUCUCAGAGCCUGCUGCCAUCUCAAAGCCUGUCGCUGCCCCUAGGCCUGUCGCCGUCUCAAAGCCCGCUGCCGUCUCAGAGCCUGCUGCCAUCUCAAAGCCUGUCGCUGCCCCUAGGCCUGUCGCCGUCUCAAAGCCCGCUGCCGUCUCAGAGCCUGCCGCCAUCUCAAAGCCUGUCGCCGCCCUGAGGCCUGUCGCUGCCUCAAAGCCUGCCCCCGUCCCAAAGCCUGUCGCUGCAUCCAGCGCUCCGACGCCUUUACCGCCUGAUAACGCACCAAAUUCAGUGCCCACUUCAGACUGGCUCAAAGCACCUGAGGAAGCAUGUUUCAAUGAGAUCUACGUGCAAACCCCUCCCUUUGCGACAAUCACAAACAGGACAAGGCCCUCGGCGCCCUCGGUGACCGAGAAAGUCCAGGCCACCUCCGAAGCCAUGGCCACACCGCCUAUUGACCGCGUGACAGAAUCUGAUGGGCCUGGGGCCGUGAAGACAAAGAGCGCGUCCGGCAAGGGCAAGUCACUUCGGAACGCGGCGCCUCCACCGGCGAUGCGCACCACUUGUUCACAUGCUGCGCAAAAAAGAAAGAGUGAUGAUUCACAAGAAUCGAGCAGGCCUCCAGCGAAGAAACAGUGCAUGGACAUUCAGAGGUGCCCCCACGACGGGUGUGUGAGCAUUCCCGUGGACGGACUCACCCAAAAAUUAAAGCGGACGCUGGAUAAACUCAUCAACGGCGCCAACCUCACCCCGGAGCACAGAGACAAACUGAAUGUGCAAGUUCAUGACGAACUCAGAGCGGCUGUCGCAAAUAUGGCCCAGGAGUUGGACUGGCCCCUGAAUGUUGACUUCAAAUCUCUUCCGGAUCGUUUAACAGAUCUGGAGGAACAGAUUUUUGGGCUAACUGACAAUGAGAUUGUCUUGGAUCUCUGCUACCUGUGGUUGUCGCUCGUCAAAUCAUUGCAAAAGGCAGGCGCAAACGCCGAGGAUCUGUCCCACUGGGAAGAUAAGAGGCUGUAUGACAUGAUGCGUGCCAACCUGCACGCCAGCUAUUACGGGCCCAUGUCAAUGAAGAUCAUCGAGGACUGGUUUGUCAAAACAUACCCGCAAGAUACCACGGAGCCAAAAAUCGCGCGUAUAAUGGCUGAUGUCGUCCUAGAGAAGAUGAUCGGACCGCUGGAAACCUGGUGGACUGGCAUGCAGGGAUGGACACUCACUUAUCGCCAAUUCCUGGACCUCGUCGCCAUUCCUGGGAUCGCCAAUAUUCUCAUUGAGGACGAUACGGGACUAACCCCAUUCGAGGUGGAAAAGUUGCGCCAGGACAGUUACUCAUAUGGAGUUAUGUUCCACCGCGUAACCGCCAUUCAUACCGUGGCAUACAACACACCAAAGGACGCACCGAGGACUGGCGAACCGUUGCGAUUGAGCAGGAAGAAGGUGAGUGUUGCUACCUGCCUUCUCGAGAAGCUUUUCCAAUGCGCCUCAGACAAGCUUGCCAUCAUGAGAUUACCCCGGAUGUGCCGGUACGCAUCGAGCUGUCUACCCGGGACAGCGCUCAAUUUCACUGCAGGUGGCACAUGGCUCGAAGGCGACAUCACAAGGCCGCCUAAUUUCGUGGCAGACGGUGCGCAGCUCAAAAGGCGGUAUCACGAAAUACACAAAAUUCACCACAUGGGAGAAUCAGGGAUUAGAACGGUAUUCACAGCGCAGGAAAUUUCGCAGUAUCAUGGAUUCAAGGUUUAG